GCCACGCCCGCUCGACUGCUUUACGAGCAGGCCGAACAGCUGUCCAGUCCUCCGGGUUUGAAGGUCGAUUACGGCUGGUUGGUGGACCGGACUGUCAAGCAGCAGUAUGAGGAUCUGAGACAGCUUUUCGCUCGGUAAGCCAUGCGUCAUGCAUCUCUACGUGCAUCAUCCGAGAGUAAAAGCUACAGUUCAUGAGACAUCGCAAUCGUGUCUGCACUCGUGCUUGCGAUUUGCUUCGUAUAGCUUGAAAUCUGGCAACAUCCCUGAACAGGACCGGUCGAGACAUGUGAUCCACUAUGUCACUCAUGCCCGAGCAGCAUUGAUCAAGCUGUUGGUCAUGUUGAAGUGGAAACAAGUCGACGUAGACAAGGUGCUCCCAGACGGGGGGAAAGUGGGAAAGCUCAGUCUGGCUACCGGUCUAGACGAAUGGCAAGACAGUCAGAAUGAACAUAAUCGUCAAGUCCGUCUACUGCUCGACUUUUUCGCCGAGCAUUUAAAGACAUUCCAGCUACAGACCCCUGAUGUGAACACCGCCCUCGACCUGCUUGUCAAUGGGGAUUUCAAGUCUGGGCCUCAAUACCUUGACUCCACCUACGUGCCCCCGAAACCACUCACAGCGCAAGGUCGCAGUGAUACGCUCCAGGAGAUGAACGAGCUGAUAGCGUAUCGGCUUCAGGUCGAGGAGGACUUGCCCUCACGGUUACAGGUGGUUGCUAUUCGUGACGGCAAGCUGUACUUGAGAGCGGACAGACUUUUCGAAUGCGCCGUGACAUUAGGGAUAGUCGAUCCGCGCAAACAGUGGGUCAUGUCAGAUCUUCGUUUCCUGUAUGUCGCCAAACAAGAUCUCAAGGGUAAAAACGCGCAUCCGGCCGAGAUCCCUCAAGAACUCAAGCUUCAUUUGUGUGAGAUGAUCGACACCCAAGUACUCGGAAGUCUAUAUGAAGGCCGGAUCGCGAUGGAAGCUAGUCUGGGGCAGGACGAGUUGCUACCACGCUGCAAAACGUUUCACAAGUUGUUUGAUGUCCUUCAGUUACUCUCCCUAUCACAUCAGCUCGAGACGCUAUUCCAGCAAGCCAAAGAGCUGGAAGCGUCCGAGUGGGCCGGAAAUCUUCGGGUCAAGAUGUCCCCAGACCGCAAAAGCUUUGCGAUGACUUACUGGUCGAAACCGACGCUGCAAUCAACGAAUCUUUCCGGUCGAUCGUCGCAAAGCCAUGGACCGUUAUAUGGGGGCGAAAUUGUCAUCAGGAUAGCUCGGAUCGCUUCGCAGGAUGAUGACGUCUUGUACGGCGCUGCGCCUGAUGUUCAACCGGCCAUAUUUGCGCUCGAGGUCGAUUGGCACCCGGAAGCAGGGUGGUUAGGUGUCAAUCCGGGUACGAAACCCGUGGUCGACGAGGAUGUGUUUGGAGUCGACCCGGACGACCUCGACGUCGAAGCCAUCUUGCUGGAUAUCGUUACUUUCCACGCCGAACAGGUCACAAACGGGCUCAAAACGUUCAUGGACGAAAGGCUGGUAUCAGCAGGAAUGUUCCAGGCAGAUGAUGUCUCAGUAGUAGUCACUGAGCUCGGAUCAAACGUGGUCCUGCGGAUCUACGACGAACGCUGGCUGAAGCUGCAGAUCAAUACCGUUACCGGACAGUUGCACAUCGGGGAGGCCGACGCGACCAUGGCGUCGAGUGUCGAAUUGCGACUUGCUACGAGUUCCCGGUUGGCUAACAUCCAUACGGACAAACUGUUGGACGUUCUUGUCAAUACGAGAACGAUGCUUGCUCGCGAUGCUUUGGAAGAAAAGCUACGCUGCCUCGAACUGCAUCCUUAUCGAGAUCUCGGCGUAUCAACGCAGGAACUCGAUGCCCAUAAUCUGGCUUCUACCGGUCCCGGGCAACCGAUGAAGCCGGUCCUGCACGCAGCGUUGCCAGCGGAUCCGAGCAAAUCGGUCUUGCUUGCACUGCAUGCCAACUCGUUGACACUGGCGAUAGUCCACUUUGCCUUCAACAAGGGCACGAACGGCGUAUCUAUAGCUGGAGCACCUGGCGCCGAGAGACGCACGAUAGCAGAUAUGGAAUGGCUCAAUGUGGCAGAUCUGCCGCUGGCACAACAGGUCGGUCGUCGGUGUCGAGCCAAGACCAUCAUGAUCUAUGACCGUUUGAGUCGGAGUCAGCUGCGGGCUCUCAGCUUUGAAUUGUCGCUCGAUGAUCUCCAGAGGAUCUUUGCCUUUUGCAAUGCUGUCGUUACGACACGACUCGUCGCUGCUCAAUUCACCGGGAGGGGAAUGCCACCCAUUCCCGACGCUGAGGCUGUGCCUCUCAAGAUGCUUGCUAGUGGGCUAGGUCUACCACGCGGUACCAAGAGGAAACUCGCCAUUUCCGCGAGGUACAUGUUUCCGGAUCGAGACGUUCAAGGGAUGAUCAGCGACGUAAUCGACAUUUCGAUAGAGCGUGGACAUGGCGGUACCGUGCGGCCGAGCAAGAUCACCGCUCGUCUGGCACUGCGACCCAAAGCAGUCCGGGUUGCCAGCACGUCCGACCGAGCGUCGACGACCAAAACUCACGAGGCGACCGGUAACUCCAGAUGGAUCGUCCGGCUCGACACGCGCCCGGCGACGGCGAGCGUGUCGGUGGAGACGAACACCUCGCGAGACUAUGUCGAAGGUCUGUUUGACGAGUUUGCAAGGGUAGGCAUGUUAUUGCGGCUAUUGGCAGAGGGUGAGUCGGUCAGGUCCGGCUGGGGUGUCAUGUUACUGGGUUGGCUGAUAGCGCGCUGGUUCGUACCACAGCCAAUCGUGCGACAGAGACGAGUGGCGCCACUGUCGAUUCUGGAGGUUUGACGAUAUUGCGAUAUGAUCUCGCCGGAGUAUGGCUAGAGUAUCGUCAGGUGAGGUCGAGUUGGGCAUCGAGACGACUUGAACGAUCGCUGACUUCCGUCUCGGCGGUGGGAUCU